CGCUGACUGAAGUACAGGAGAUUUUCAAAGAUGGCGCGAAAUGUCGGAGAGUGAUGUGAACACAUCACUAUACUAAAAUGGAUAUUCGAUCGUUCUUCAGCCCUACUGGAAAGACAGCGAAGCAAGGCGCUUCGAAAGUAGAAAAUAAGCGCGGCAAAGAUUCUACUGCGAAUUCAUUAACGAAACAAGAUGUAGGAAAGCUCCGAACGAAAACCAAGGGUUUAUCAAGUAGUGAAGAUGAUGACAUUGCCCGGAAACAAAAACCAAAAGAAAAUCAGAAGAAGAAGAAGAAGAAAGGAAAAAACAUUAUUGACUCAGAUUCUGAUGAAGAUCCUCUUCCCCCAAGAAUCAGAAAAGCCACAUCAGUCAAGAAGGAGGAGAGUUCAAAAGCUAAGAAAAAUAGGAGACCAAUCAGCUUGGACUCAGAUGAGGAAGAAGCUGUGCCAAGCAAAUUAAAAAAGUCUGCCAAACAGACAGAAAAUGUAGCAUCUAAAGGGGUCCAGCAAGUUAAAGAGAGUCCAGUCAAACCUAAAGAGAAAAAAGCAACUUCUGCACUUGAUUUCUUUGGUUCUACUCCAGUUGAAAGGGAAUCCAGGAAAACAUUUGCCAACAAGAGAAAACAGAGAUCAGAUGAGUCUGAAGAAAAUGAAGACUCCAAAGUGAAUAGAAAAGAAGAGUAUAAAAAUGGGAGAGAAAAAGAAGGAAGAGAAAAUGGGAAUGUCAGCCGUCACACAACAGAGCAACCAUCAAAGAAAAGAAAGGAAGACUUCUCAGAAUCAAAGUCUGAGGUUAAAAAGCCUUCCCCUGAGAAGAAAAAGGGAGUACCAAAGACAACUCCUGCCAGCAAACUGGCUGCCAAAGCUGCUACAGUUCCAGAAACUCCAGUUAGAGACUCAAAACCAAGUCCAAAGAAAACUGUUACUCCAAAAAAGGAUAAAAAAGAUGUCGAUAAGGAAACUCCAAUCAAAGGAACACCAAAGGUGUCAAAAUCAGAGGAAGUGGCUGAAAUUCCACCCUCACUGGAAAAGAAAAAGUCUGGCUACCGUAGUUUUAUGGCAAGAGAUGGUCCAAGGGCACUUGGUUCAAAGGAAAUCCCUCAGGGAGCAGAAAACUGUUUGGAUGGAUUGACAUUUGUUAUUACGGGAAUCUUGGAAAGUGUUGAGAGAGAGGAGGCUGCUGAUUUGAUUCAAAGAUAUGGUGGAAAAGUUACCCAAUCAGUGAGCAAGAAAACAAGUUAUGUUGUGGUGGGACGCGAUCCUGGAGAGAGCAAACUUUCCAAGGCUAAGCAAUGUGGAACAUCACAAAUAGAUGAAGAUGGUCUGUUUGAGCUUGUUAGAACAAAACCAGGCAAUGAGACCAGCUAUGAACCACCAAGUGUGGAGAAGAAGACAAAGAAGAAGGAGAAAGCUGAACCAGUGGAGUCUCUCAGCCAGGGAAAAGAUCAGUUUGAGGGUGAUUCAUCGCAACUGAGUGAAAAGUCUGUGUUAUCUCCAGCAACACAAACACCAUCAUCAUCACCAGCACUGAAAGGAGAACCAAGUCUGUUAUGGGUAGACAAAUAUCGGCCUCGUGCAGUGAAGCAGAUUAUUGGUCAGCAGGGUGAUAAGAGCAACAUGAGAAAGCUGAUGAACUGGCUGAGAGACUGGGAAAAGAACAGAAAGAAACCAGCCUCUAAAUCUUCCUUUUUCAACAAAGAUCAAGAUGGGUCUUCCUGUAAGGCAGCUCUUCUGUCCGGUUCCCCAGGAGUUGGAAAAACAACAACAGCUACACUGGUUUGUGAAGAGCUUGGUUUUACGUACAUUGAAAUGAAUGCCAGUGACACACGGAGCAAAAAGACCUUGGAAGAACACAUUUCUCAUUCACUGAGCAAUAAAACCAUGGAUGGCUUUCUUACAGGUCAAAAAGCAGACCCCAGUAAACAUGUUCUCUUAAUGGAUGAAGUUGAUGGAAUGGCGGGAAACGAGGACAGAGGAGGAAUGCAGGAACUCAUAUCACUGAUAAAGAGUUCAAAGAUACCCGUCAUCUGCAUGUGUAAUGACAGGAACAGUCCCAAAAUGCGCAGCUUGGCAAAUCACUGUUUUGAUUUGAGAUUUCAGAGACCUCGGGUUGAACAGAUCAAGGGAGCCAUGAUGAGCAUAGCAUUUAAAGAAGGACUCAAGAUACCACCCCAGGCCAUGGAGCAGAUUAUUUUAGGGGCAAACCAGGAUGUCCGACAGGUUCUUCACAACUUGUCGAUGUGGACAGCUAAGGAAAAGUCGCUUAAUUACGACCAGGCAAAGGAAGAGGCAGCCAAGGCACAAAAAGACAUCAAAAUGGGCGCUUUUGAUGCUGUGAGGAGACUUCUCUCUGGAGCUGAGAGUUCGAAGAUGAAUUUGAUUGAAAAAUCCGACAUGUUCUUUUGUGAUUACUCCAUGAUGCCUCUUUUUAUGCAAGAAAAUUACCUCAUGGUUGACCCAAGUCAGAGCCGUGGUGAUAUCAAGAAGACACUGUCACUCGUUAGUCAGACCGCCGACUCCAUUUGUGACGGAGAUCUGGUGGAAAAACUUAUCAGGCAAGGAGGCAACUGGUCCAUGUUACCCAUGCAGGCCAUGUUUUCGUGUGUGAUCCCAUCGACCUUGAUAAGCGGGGGAAUGGGUCAGAGGAUUGAGUUUCCUCAGUGGUUGGGUAAAAAUUCCAAAUAUGGCAGGAUGGACCGCAUGCUACAAGAACUGAAGGGUCACAUGAGAUUAAGCACAUCUGGGAGCAAGUUGUCUAUGAACAUGGAUUAUAUUCCUCAUCUCAGAAAAGUCCUUACCAGGCCCCUUAUGACUCAGGAAUCAGACCAGAUUAACCCUGGCGUGUCCAGGGUCAUGCAAGUAAUGGAGAACUAUGACUUAACCAAAGAAGAUUGGGAUUCUAUCAUUGAAGUUGGUCAAUUUGAAGGACAAAGGGAUCCCGUUGCGUCAAUUCCAUCAAAGGUGAAAGCUGCAUUCACGCGCACCUACAACAAAGAAAGUUUCAAGACACCUUACGCCAUCCGCGCAGCGCCAAAGAAGGGACGGAGAGGCGGCGCAGAGGACGAACAAAUGAUGGAGGAGGCGGGCGAGGGAGAUGCGUCAGCGGUAGAACCACAGAAUGACGACAAUGAUGACCUGGAGAAUAACCCCAUGAUAAAGGCCUCAAAGAAACCAGCCAAAGCAGCAGCAAGCGGUAGGAGUAAAGGCGGAAAAUCAAAGGAGUCUAUUAAGAAAGAAGCGCCAACAUCCAAGGGAAAAGGACGAGGGAAGAAUAGGAAAUGAUCAGUUUGUGCAGGGAAGCGCACCUUCAUCGGGGAAAUAAUCGAUGGGACUAGUAUAUCAUAGAAGUAUAAUAACAUCUAUGAGUGGAUGAAAAAAUAUGGAAAAGUUGAAAGAAAACAUGACAAAGCCAUGAGAUAUCCAAUACGUUGUUGUACUCAUACAAAAAUAACAUGGCUGAAUUUUAUAAUCGUGUAAGAAACUUUACUUGUGAAGGUGUUGUGACAUAUACUAUCGCCAAUCGUAUAAUUUGUUUUAAUAAAAUUGU